UGAAGGAUUAGAUCCAACAUGGCGUCUUCAAUAACUGUACCGCUGCUGUGUUGUUUAGCAUCAGUGUCUCUGCAUAUCAGCUCCUCCAGACUUUUAUCUGAGCCUUGUUACAAACCCAUCAGAGACGACAGACCGGACUCUGUCAGGACACAUGCCCGCCCACAUGAGUAUGUGAAGGUGUCAGACCUUCCUCCAUCCUGGGACUGGAGGAACAUCAAGGGGAAGAAUUAUGUGAGCGUCACACGGAACCAGCACAUCCCCCAGUACUGUGGGUCCUGCUGGGCCAUGGGAGCCACCAGUGCACUAGCUGACCGUAUCAACAUCAAGCGUGGAGGAGUGUGGCCGUUGGCCUACCUGUCAGUCCAGAACGUGAUAGACUGUGGGAGGGCGGGCUCUUGUUACGGAGGAGAUCACCUGAGAGUCUACGCCUAUGCACACCACAGCGGCAUUCCUGACGAAACCUGCAACAACUACCAAGCCAAGAACCAAAAGUGUGAACAGUUCAACCAGUGUGGCACCUGCUCCUUCUUCGAGUCAUGUGCUGUUGUGAAGAACUACACUAUGUGGAAAGUGGGCGACUAUGGAGAAGUUUCUGGAAGAGACAAGAUAAAAGCUGAAAUUUACACCAACGGGCCCAUCAGCUGCGCCCUGAUGGCCACUGAUGGCCUGGAGCAAUACUCUGGAGGGAUCUUCUCUGAGUUUCACCCUCUGUCUUUGCCCAAUCACAUCGUCUCUGUGGCUGGGUGGAGUGUGGCGGAGGAUGGGAUUGAGUACUGGAUAGUCAGGAACUCCUGGGGAGAGUUUUGGGGAGAACACGGCUGGGCAAGAAUCGUCACCAGCGCCUAUAAAGGAGGAAAAGGCAACUGGUUCAACCUGGGUAUUGAGAAAAACUGUGCAUAUGGAGACCCUAUUGUGACAUAGGUGCCAAAUGAAACUGAUGGACGCUAGUUUUGUCGUGGCUCUGCUUUGUACAUUUACAAUAACUAAUUUUGAUCAUUCUGAAAAAAAUAGUUGAAAAAAUACAAUCAUUUGUGUUAUGUAUGGGGUUUUUUUUGCCAAAUAUUUCUUGGACGCGAGCAGUAACUUCCUGGAGUCUCAGCUGGUUGCCAAGCAACUAGUUCAGGCCAUUACACAGUUUGGCACACAACUCCUAGUAAAAGCACAACGUGUCAUUUUUACACUUUUGUGCUUAUUAAAACAAACCAGAAACAAUGGCCCUCAUUUAUGAAACAAAGGUAUGACAGGAAACCGGGCGAGUGGUGAUUUCCACGCAAAGCUCGGCAUUUAUCAAUGUGGAGUUGAGCGGAGGCUACGAUCAAAUCUCAUGUCAGGUUUCAGUUCGUGUACACAGUGUGGACUUGGGGUGCGACGUAGUAAAUCUUGCUGAGUUGGAGAAUUGCUAUUAGACCAUAUUUUGACUGCCAUCUAAGUAUUUGGAGCCACAUAUUAAUUACUUCAAAAUGUAUAGCUGCCACAUGCGCACUUUCUGUCACAGCUUGAAGUUGCCUGGCUUUGUGGAACGGGCUCCAGAAGCAGACUUCAUGUGUGCGGCCAAGUGCUCCUUGAUCUGGGUCAAUUAUAAGCUUUUAUAUGAUAUCAAUAUUGUGUAAUAUAUGGGCUGAUAUUAUUACUAUAUGUAGGCUAUAGAUUGGUACUUAUCAUGGAUGUAUAAACUAAAUAUUUCAACCUCAGCUGGAGUUCGCUUGUCCACUGCAAUGCUGUUGACCACAGCAGUGAUUUCCUUCCACACUGCAACUUUGAUGUCACUUUUCAGGCUGCCAAAUAAAACCAGUUGGUUAAACUGGACCUGGGACGUCAGUGUUUCCAUUUCUAGCUGAGAGAGGUUUCUCCUCUUGGCCCUAUUGCGCCUCUCCAUGUGGUAAACUCCAGGGGCGAGGCCUCUAAACCCAGAAUAUAUUGGGGUGGGAUAUUUAAAUGUUGAUUGUUUUUAGCGGCCACAUUUAUCCUUCCUAACUGUGACUCAUGAAUCACAUGCAAACCCCAUCAUAAGAUGAUUUCUGUGCACUGGUUUGUCUGUCAGAUGUGUUAUUGAGCUAGAUUGCCGUCUCUGUCAUGUAGCUGUCCAUUAGUCACUCACUUUACAGCAGGGGAUGGGACUUCAAAAUAAAAGCUCUGUGCCGGAAUUUCACUGUACUUCAAAAUAA